AAAAAAUUGGCAAGUUGGUAAUGGUGAGUUGGUGACAUUUUAUAUUCAUAAUGCAUCUUUUCUCUGCUCUACAUACUUCAUAAAUUAUUCAACAACAUCACUCAGAUCUCUCAUCUCUCAUCUGCUCGCUCAGUAACUCUCAUCUCAUCUGAGUUUCAAUUCAGAAACACCCGACCUGAGAUUAGUUGAAUUGAAGUUGGCAUAUAUUUCAUUUUCUCUGCUCUGCUCUAAGCUACUCCAUAAAUUCAACAACUAACUCCUUCUCCAUCCUCAUCAACCUAAUUAAGUUUGAAUUCAGGAACACCUGAGAGUAGUUGAAGUUGGCAUAAAUUCAACUACUCACACCAAUUCACUAACAGCAUCUCCAUCAUAGCGUCUUCAACCUAAUUAAGAAACACUUUAGAGAAUUGAAGCUCAAUAGAAUGGCUUUAGAUGGUGUAACCACUCUAAUCAAAAUAGUAGAGCAAGACCUUAUGGAGCCCAAACUACUUUCGAUUUUUGAUGCUGGAGGAAUGAAGGCGUGGCUGCUCAAAACCAUCGAGUUGCUGUCUGCCAAGCUCUGCAUUCUGCAAGCGUUUUUAGAGGAGGGCCUAAAUGGGGGCAUCAUCGGGUAUGAGACGAUAAUGCAGCAGCAUUGGGACCUUGAAGAUGACAAGUAUGAAAUAAAAUCUAGUCUGGGACUAGUCUAUUCAAAAGCUGGAUUAUGGCAUCUUCAUGGGACCUUGAAAAAAAUGGGAAGAGAAAUUGAGGAAGUUGAAGAAUGGAUCCUGAUGAUAAAAAAGGAAACUGAUUUAGACCCUGAUGAGGGAGUUUGGGAUACCUACCAAAGUGCUUUAGAGCCUGAAAAUGAAGUAAUUGUAGGAUUCCACAAUGAUAUAGAGAAGAUAGUUAACCGCCUCUGUUAUUCACACUUGAUGAGAUCAGUUUUCACCAUUUUGAGGAAUAGUAACAUUCACAAGUUUCGGAAAUAUGUUGAAAACCCUGUGCUAAAACUACUAGUUAUUCCACUCGUUGGGGAAGGAGGCAUAGGAAAAACUACAUUAGCCAAAAGAGUCUAUGGACAUCCAAUUACUAUUGCUAGCUUUGACAUUCGAGCGUGGGUAGUUUUGUCUCAGGUUCCUAACCUCAAAGAGAUUCUCAUUGGUCUAUUAUGUUGUAUUUCACCAAUAACAAGUGAAAUCUACACCCUAGACGAUGCUCAAAUAGGUGAGCAAUUAUGCACAUGUUUGAUGGGCAAGAAGUAUUUAAUUUUCUUGGAUGAUAUAUGGACCACUCUGCAUGGGAUGCCAUCAAAGGAUAUUUUCCAGAGAAUUUUAAUGGAAGCCGAAUCUUAGUAACUACUCGGUUUAUAAAGGUGGCUAAAUACUUAAGUGUAGAUCCAUACCAUGUGACGCAUCGAUCUUUAAAGGAUCGUUGGGAAUUACUUUCGAGGAAAGUGUUUGGGCAAAGCCAAUGUGUUCCCAGGGAAUAUGAGUUAAUUGGGAAACGCAUUGUUCUUCGUUGCACUGGAUUACCACUAGCAGUUGUUGUGAUUGCUGGACUUUUGGCAACAUCAAAAGAGUCUCUAGAAAUAUGGAAAGAUGUUGCCGAAGCUUUGGAUAGAUUUGAUAUAUAUGAUAAUGUCAAGAGAAUUCCAAAAAUACUUUCAUUGAGCUACAACUACUUACCUCCUCACUUGAAACCUUGCUUUCAUUAUUUUGGUGUGUUUCCUGAAGACCAUAUCAUUCAAGUUAAGAGACUAACAAACUUAUGGGUUGCGGAGGGAUUUUUAAUGCCACAUAAAAAUAUGAGUUUGGAAGAAGUGGCAGAGAGUUACUUGGAUGAUCUCAUUAAUAGAAGUCUAGUUCAAAUCAAUGAGCUGAGCAUUAACGGCAAAGUUAAAUCAUGUAAGGUUCAUGAUCGAGUGCAUGAGGUUUGUGUGAGAGAAGCAAUAAAAGGGAAUGCUUUGUGCAUUAUCAAUGACAAUCAUGCUCCAAAAGCUAGUCGUUGGUUAAGUUGUCAAACAAGUCAUUGGCCAAUCACUCAAACAGGUUAUGGGAAUUGCACACUAGAUAAUAUCCAUUCUGUUCUCUGCUUUGGUAAAGAUGUAUACCAUUCAAAAUGCAGGUUGGUAUACCCCUGUUUGAAAUUUCUAAGAGUAUUGGAUUUAUCAUUAGUGAAAUGCUCACAAGGCAUGCCUAGUGAAAUAACAGAUUUGCUUCAUUUGAGGUACUUGGCUUUAAGUACUAUUGGUUCUCUUUACAAGCUUCAAUUUUUUAAGCUUAAAAAUUUGCUUACUCUCAUAGUUACUUCAUGGAUGGAAAAAUGUCCUUUGCAACUGCAAUGUAAUAUUUUGGAUUUGCCACAAUUGAGGCAUGUGCAUGUUGACAAGAGAUGUUCACAAUAUCUCCCCUGCUUAGUCAAAAAGAAUCUGCAAACUCUUUAUUGGUUGAAAGUUGCUAGCUCUGAUAGAAAACCCAACUUCAGAAUGGUUCCAAACCUAAAGGAACUUGGGAUUUACAUUGAAGGUCAAUUGGCGCCAAGCUAUCUAGGGAGCCUUGUGCAUUUACAUCUACUUGAGAAGUUGAAGUUUGAAGUAGGAAGAGUCGAGCGCUUUUGUCUACCAACAGGUUUUCCACCAAACCUUAAGAAGUUGACACUUUGUUAUACUUAUCUUCCAUGGAAGGAGAUGGACACAAUUGGCGAGUUGCCGCACCUUGAGGUGCUAAAACUAAAAGAUUUCGCUUUCUGUGGCUCAAAGUGGGGACCAUCAAAGCAGGGCUUUCGGGAAUUAAAGGCACUUCUUAUUUCACGAUCAAAUCUCAAACAUUGGGAUGCAAGUUCUAAUCAUUUCCCAGUUUUGGAGCGCCUAGUCUUAAGAUAUUGUUGGGAAUUGAAACAAAUUCCAAUUAAUUUUGCAAAUAUUGGAACACUGAAGUUGAUUGUGUUAGAAUGUUGUUAUUCUUUUCUUGUGACUUCUGCAGUGCAGAUUUCCUCUACAAAGAAGUUAUUUUUUAUGGGAACGACAAAUUGUCCACUUCAUGUUCGUGAAGUUAGAACUAAGGUUGAAUUGCCAAAUAAUGAAAGCUUUGAAGAAGAAAUUUUAGUAAACUCUAAAGAAGAAAAUGUGGAAAGUGUGAAAAGUUCUGAAGAAGAAAGUGUGAAAAGCUUUGAAGAAGAAAGUGUGGAAAGCUUUGAAGAAAUUGUGGAAAGCUCUGAAGAAGAAAGUGUGAAAAGCUCUAAAGAAGAAUGCGUGGGAAGCUCGAUGGUUGAAUUGCUAAAUAAUGAAAGCUUUGAAGAAGAAUUUGUAGUAAACUCUGAAGAAGAAAAUGUGGAAAGUGUGAAAAGCUCUGAAGAAGAAAGUGUGGAAAGCUUUGAAGAAAUUGUGGAAAGCUCUAAAAUAGAAAGUGUGAAAAGCUCUAAAGAAGAAAGUGUGGGAAGCUCUAAACAAGAAUGCAUUGGAAGCUCAAUGGUUGAAUUGCCAAAUAAUGAAAGCUCUGAAGAACAAAGUGUUGAAAGCUCUAAAGAAGAAAGCGUGGGAAGGUAUAAAGAAUUAAGUGUUGGAUGCUCUGAUCAAGAAAGGUUGAAAGCUCGGAAGAGAGUGAUGAAAAAUCUGAAGAAGAAGAUGUCGAAAUCCCUGAAUGCAUUCAAAGAUUUGAAGAGGAAAGUGUUAAGAAGAAAGUGAGUGAAGAAUUUUUUUUUAUAUUUAUUUUGGGCUUAUUAUAAACUUAUGAUCCAAAGCCAAGGUAAGUAUAUGUGUAUACCUAUGAAACUUGAUUGUGGUUAAACUCCAUAUUAUUUUCCAGCAAGGUUUUCGAUUUAUUUAAAACAAAUUGUUCCUAAA